AUGGCCCGUCGUCUUUAUCUUGGCAAGCUACCUCCGGACACGAGGACCGACGAUGUCUCAAAGUUUUUUGACGGCUAUGGAAAAAUUGUUGAUUGUAGAGUCAUGACCGGCUUUGGCUUCGUUGAGUUUGAAAGCUCGCGAGAUGCCGAGGAUGCCAUGCAUCACUUCAACGGAAAAAAUUUCAUGGGCUCUAGCAUCGUUGUUGAGUUCGCUAAAGAAUCGCGUCCUCGUCGUGACCCUUACGACGACCGGUACGGCGCCCCUCGCGUCAGGAGGCCCCCUGGCAUUCGCAUUACCGUCACUGGCAUUUCCAGGGAUACUAGCUGGCAGGAUCUCAAGGACUUCGGUCGGGAAGCUGGUAGUGUAUCCUUCGCUGAUAUCGACCGCGACAACGUUGGCACGGGCAUUUUGGAAUACAUUGCCCGAGAGGAUGCUGAUCGAGCAGUCAAAGAACUUGACGGCAAGGAUCUUCGUGGUCAAUCUGUCCGAGUCGCCUUGCAAGAAGACCGUGGCCCGGACAAUUAUCGUCGCGACGACCGUCGCGUAGAUGAUCGCUACCGCGAUGACCGCUAUAGGGAUGAUCGGCACCGUGAUGAUCGUCAUGAGCGUUCAUACCGCGAUGAUAAACCCUACCGCCGUGAACGUUCGCGCUCGCCUGCUCGCCGCGGCGACGUGGACGAUCGACGCCCCAGGUCCCCUCCACCUCGAAGGGAUCUUGAUGAUAGGAGGCCUGCAGGGUACGAUGAUCGACGAGGAGGGUAUGAUGACCGACGAGGCCCUGACCCUUAUUAUGAUCGCCGCAGGGAUGACAGGCGCCGCGACGAGAAGGACGACCGGAUCGACGAUAGAGUGUCUUCGAGGCAUGCGAACGGGGAUGGCGGGUGGCGCUGA